AUGAAACCUUCUGAGCUGCAAGGCAAGCAAAGGAAGCAAGGGAAGGACUGGACAGACAGAACUGCUCACUUUCUAAUCUGUGCAUCUAUCUCCUGUAGCCUGAGGGCUUGCAAACUCACAGCAGAUUGUUGUGGGGACCUCUCCUCUGUUCUCAGCACUAACCAGUUCCUGACAGACCUGGACCUGACUGGUAAUGAAAUGAGAGAUACGGGAGUGCAGCUCCUGUGUGAGGGACUGAAACAUCAAAACUGCAAACUGCAGAGACUGAGACUGAAGAGCUGCAAAGUCUCAGAUGAUGGCUGUACAGAUCUUGCUACUGCUCUCAGAACAAGCCAGAGCCUGACAGAGCUGGAUCUGAGUUCUAAUCAUUAUCUGAGAGAUCCUGGAGUGCAGUUGCUGUGUGAGGGACUGAUGCAUCCAACCUGCAAAUUACAGAGUCUGAAGUUAAAUUAUUGCAAUAUCACACAUGUUAGCUGUGAGGAUCUUGCUGCUGUUCUCAAAACCAGCCAGAGGCUGAUAGAGCUGGACGUGGGCACUAAUGAACUGCAAGAAUCCGGAGUACAGCUUCUGUGUGAGGCGCUGAAACAUCCAAACUGCAGACUGCAGAGACUGGGGUUGGGGUUGUGCUCUCUCACAGCUGCUUGUUGUGGGGAUCUCUCCUCUGCUCUUAUCACCAGCCAGACUCUGGCAGAGCUGAACCUCCGGGAUAACAGACUGGAAGAUUCAGGUGUGCAGCUGCUGUGUGAGGCACUGAAACAUCCACACUGCAAACUGCAGAAAAUAAAGUUGUGGGAUUGCCAUCUCACAGCUGCUUGUUGUGGGGACCUCUCCUCUGUUCUUAGCACCAGCCAGACCCUGUCAGAGCUGAACCUGAAACAUAAUAAACUGGAGGAUUCAGGAGUGCAGCUGCUGUGUAAGGGACUGAAACACCCACACUGCAAACUGCAGAAACUAAAGUUGGCGAAUUGUGAUCUCACAGCUGCUUGUUGUGGGGAUCUCUCCUCUGUUCUUAGCACCAGACAGACCCUGACAGAACUGGACCUGAGGAACAACAAACUGGAAGAUUCAGGAAUGAGGCUGCUGUGUGUGGGACUGAAACAUCCAAACUGCAAACUUCAGAAUCUAAGAUUGAGUCGUUGUGAUUUCACAGUUGCUUGUUGUGGGGAGCUCUUCUCUGCUCUUGGUACAAACCAGGCCCUGAGAGAACUGGACAUAUGUGAGAAAAAAAUGGAAGAUUCAGGGGUGAAGCAGCUGUGUGAAGGACUGAAACAUCAAAACUGCAAACUGCAGAAAUUGUACUUGUCUGGCAAUCUCGUAAAUGAAAAUACAACAAAGGAGUUGAAAGUUUUGCAGAAGAUAAAACCUGAUCUGUUGAUUGUGCAUAAUGCAGAAAUCAACCAUUGGACUCUAAAUACACAGACAAGCAAGCCUGUGUUUCCUCUAUGUCAGCACCAUACAUUCAUUUGUAAAUUGUCUUGUAGUGCAGCAAUGAUGUGGAAUAUUUUUGAGAGUCACUGGCUGGUUUCUGGACUUUUUCUGCUGUUAAGCAUUGUUGUAUAUUGUUUUCUCUGGUUGAUGAAUAUAUAAGUAUCUGAAAUCCAA